AUGCCUACAGCACCCUUCCUGGCGAGCUGUGUUUUCAGUAUGAUGAACAUUCCAGCUGUGUACAAGGACGUGUUGUCCUUUGCCUUCGAUCGCUCGGUUGAGUAUGACGAGAGCCAGCCACUCUACAUUGAUGCGAGAAACCCAUUGCGCAGUCUAAAUGCUAUUCAACUCCGUCAAUUAGUGCGGGCUCUGAUCGCAGGUCUCAGGCGGCAUAUCAAGCAAGGAGAGUGUGUGCUGGUUCAUCUGGGCAAUAACUAUGUUCACCCAGCCCUCUUUUUCGGCAUAAUAGGAGCCGGGGGCGUUUACAUGGGUGCCAGUCCCGACAGCCCACCUCAUGAGCUAGCCAAUGUUCUUGAGCUGGGGAGACCAAGGCUUAUUAUUACGGCAAGCCAGACGCUUCAUGCUGUCCAGAGCGUUGCAGCCAGCAAAGGCCUCGGUCCGGAGCAAAUCUGCCUAUAUGAAGAAAUGGCCAUCACUAGCUUUCUAGAGCCAAGCCCCAGUGAUCGUCGCGAAAAUGCUGAAACCAUCACAUUAUAUGAUCUUCUCUCCUGCGGCGAAGAGGAUUGGAUCAAAUUCGAUGACGAAGCUCUGGCUAAAACCACACCGGCAGGUAUGUAUUGCACCAGCGGCACCAGUGGGCUUCCAAAAGCCGCCAUCGUCUCGCACUAUGCCGUUGUCUCCGAGAAAUUGAAUAUGUAUUAUGAGCUUCCAUACGAUGUCAAGAGACUAGUUGUUGUCCCAGUAUACCAUCGCUUCGGGGCACUCUGGCACACAUUCCCGAUUCGUCAAGGAGAGCCGGCGUACUUCUUGCAAAAGUUUGAAAUUAAUCACUUUCUCACUGCUGUUCACAGUAACAAAAUUACAGACGUGUUUAUUGUGCCAGCAGUGGUCCAUCUCUCGCUUCAGUCCUCUCGGCCUGUGGCGGAGCUCCUUUCAUCUCUGCGCAUGGUAGGCGUCUCAGGUGCACCUAUCGACACGGGAUCGUUGCAGAAAUUCCAGGCAUUACUACACGCCCAGGCUACUGCCGCGCAAAGCUGGGGCAUGACAGAGACUGGCCCAGUACUUAUAUGCAGGUAUGGAGAACGCGUCGAUAAAGCAAGUAUCGGAAAGCUCGUCGGGAUAAACGAGGCGAGACUCUUCGACGACGAAGGCAUAAUGAUAACCAGCGACAACUGCCCCGGCGAGCUAUACGUACGAGGUACAGGGCUAUUCUCAAAUUACAAGGGACGAGAUGACGGGAUCGACGCAGAAGGAUGGUUUCGCACAGGGGACGUGGCCUACCGACAAAACGAAUACUACUACCUGAAUCAAGUAGCUCCCGCUGAGAUAGAAGCCAUCCUUUCCAAGCACCCAGGAAUAUCCGAUGCCGCUGUCCUCGGAGUCCAAUCCAGCGACAAGAGCACCGAACUCCCCCGAGCCUUCGUGGUAAAAUCAUCGGCCUUCAACACCGACCUGACUGCAGAUGAAGUUUACCAAUUCGCGAAAUCCCAAUUAGCAGGCUACAAGGCUUUAGAUGGAGGUGUGGUGUUUGUCACCGAGAUUCCUCGGACCGCGAGCGGGAAGAUCCAACGGGCCAAGUUGGCACAGAUGAACGCUCGACGGGAGAAGAUCGCCCAGGUACUUUCUCGUCGUGUUAUCAAGGUGAUUAGUUGA